UACCCGAUUCCAAGUUAAAACCUUCUCAUCCUCUCUCUCUCUCUCUCUCUCUCUCUCCUUGCAGUGAAGUUUGAAGAACGGAUUUGGAUCGAAGCUCCGGCGACGGCAAGACCAGACCAGAGCACGGUGAGCAUGAUGAUUUUCUGGAUACAUGGGAAUUUUUGCCAUUUCUUGUACUGAUUUGUAAAGGAUGGCGUGGCAGUGCUUCAAAUUUAGGAAAAUUUAUCCACAAAUAAAUGGAGGAAACAGAUGAAAGUGGAUAUCCAAAAAGAACAGUUUUUGUGACUGUGGGUACAACUUGUUUUGAUGCCCUUGUUAGGGCUGUUGACACUAAGGAAGUUAAAGAAGAAUUGUCAAGGAGAGGCUAUACUCAUCUUCUUAUUCAAAUGGGUCGUGGGUCCUAUAUCCCCACAAAGUCUAUAGGAGAUGGAUCCUUGGCCGUAGACUACUUUACUUUUUCAUCUAGCAUUGCUGAAUAUUUAAAAUCAGCAUCUCUUGUAAUUAGUCAUGCAGGCUCAGGAAGCAUAUUUGAGACAUUGCGGCUUGGUAAACCACUUAUUGUAGUGGUGAAUGAGGAUUUAAUGGACAACCAUCAGAGUGAGUUAGCAGAAGAACUAGCAGAGAGGAAGCAUUUGUUUUGUGCUCGCCCACAAACGCUGCACCAAACUAUCGCAGGCAUGGAUUUGGAAUCUCUCAUUCCUUACCCACCUGGAGAUGCCAGGCCAGUUGCAAAGCUUAUAAACAGAUUUUUAGGAUUCCCGGAGGAUUAAAUUAGAUGUAGAAUUCUUCUUUUUCCCCCUUUCCAAGUUGUAAGUUCUCUUUUUUAUACUGUUAUGGAGGCCAAGAGAUCUCAAUGAUCAUUUGAAAAUGCCUUCCUCGUUAAAAAGAAACGAAGAAAAAAAUGCUUAAAAUAAUUACAGGUUGCAAUAUUUUUUGAUGUGUUC